AUGCCAUGCCUUGGCUUCACCCUGCUGCUCGUGCUGGCGCUGGGGGCCAGCCUUGGGGCCACCUUCCCCUGGGGCACCCUGAAGAAGGGCUGCAGCUUGUCCAAGUACCAGUUCCUCGUGCCUCACGAGCUGAAGGCUGUGCAGAGGAUGAAGGAGCAGUUUGAGGACAUCAUGCUGCUGUCGGACCGCAAAUGCCACACCAGGCUCUUCUAUCGGAAAUGGAACACAGCAGAGCUAUCGGUGCCCGACCGAGUGAUGCUGGUAGAAGCUGAGCUGGACCUCACCACCACUGUGCUGGGGCUCCCUGCCCCACCCAGGUUCGCUGAGACACGUCAUCAGCCCCUGGCCUUCCUCACCCAAGCUCGGGAGGACCUGCGAGACUGCAUGGCCACGGAGGCUCCUUCACAUCAGCCCUCUGGGAAACUGAGGCACUGGCUGCAGAAGCUGCAGACGGCCAAGAAAACAGAGAGCAACGGCUGCUUGGAAGCCUCUGCCAUCCUCCAUCUCUUCCAAAUACUGAACGACCUGCGGUGUGCAGCCCUUCAAGAUCAGUGCACUUAG